CAUAACAACACACACACACACACACAAACUUGUGCACGUGAAAGCACGCAUCGACGAACUUGGACACAUUUACGCAUAUCUAGAACGGAGAAGAUAAAAUGGACCUGGCUCAGAUCAAGGCGGAUAUCGCCAACUCUGGCGGGGACAAUGCACGGCAGACGCAAGCUCUGAUUCAGGUGCUCAUGCUGGUAGCGCAGCGGCGAGACAUCUCCUCAUUGACGAGGACGGUGUGCGACGAUGUAAUUAACGGAAGCGCAACGGCCGUUUGCAAGAAGCUGGCGUUCGACAUCGUGCGAAGCAGCCGGCUGACGGGGGACCAGUGGGAGAGCGUGUGUAGAGGAGUUGCCACGUCAGCAUUCGAGUCGUUCGACGUGGAGGUGGGUGCUGCGUCGAUUGCGUUUUUGCCCGCGCUGCCAAGCUGGCGGAUUGGAAAGUUCCUUGAAGAUUACUCCAAGGAGCUGACGAGAGUGAUCCAGAACGAAAACCCGAUAAUCCGACAAGCUGCGGUGGAAGCGAUGGGCUGUGUCUUGGCGCGGGAUGACGUGGCCAUCCUGUGCUCGGGAGAUGCCAACAUGAUGGAGCAGGUGCAGCGAUGGUGGUCGCUAAUCGCCGCGGCCAUGGCGGAUGCGUCGAACCUGGUCAGCGCGGCGGCGUUUGAAGCCGUGGGGAGGUUACUCGCGGAGUUUGGCAGCAAAAGGUUGAGUCGCAUCGCCGGAGACAAGUUGAUUCUCGGAGAGUCGGUGCUGGCUGUCCGGGCACGACUGAUACGUCAGCAGUGUUUGUACACGUGGCAGCACCGGGACGUGUUGAUGCGCCGGGGAACGAUGCUUCCAAUGGAGCUGGUGCGGGUGACGGUCUUCCCUCUCGUCUACGUGGCCCGAGCGAUGGCGACGGGGUUAGUCGACGAGAUGAAGGCCGUUGCGGGGGUCGGGAUCGGUGAUGAUCCGGACAGCAGUCCAAGAUCCACUCUGGCAAGCAGCAUUACCGCUCGAGCAGGAGGAGGAGGAGGAGGAGGAGGAGGAGGGGGGGGGAAGCGUGGGACUCCGACGACGGAUGUUAUCUUGGGGGUGUGCGACAUCGUGAGCCAUUUCAUCCCGUUUCUUACCUCUUUGGAUCCUUCGCUAGUCUACGAGGUGGGUAUCAAUCUGCUCUCCCUCGCCGGUGUGCCAGGUGGCAGGGCUGAGUGGACGGCGGCUCCGAUUACGGCGUUUCUGGCCCUUUGGGAUCGCCAGGAUUUCACGUCGGGGAGAGAAGCGUUAGUGCGGGCGGUUGUGUCGAAUCUCCAGUUGCUCGAUGUUCAUCACCAGGUGGCGCUCUUCAAGAGAUUGUUGUUGAUGGUGAGGAACCUGCCGGUGGAGUCUGACCGGAUGCAUGCGCUGGCAUGUGUCUGUAGAUCGGCGCUGUCUGUCGAUCUCUUUGCCAGAGAGAGUGUGAGACGAGGGCAGAAGCCGCUGCCGGGGACGGAAGUAUCUUCGCUGUUCGAAGACGCGAAGAUUCGAGGGGAUCUCGGCUUCGUUAGCAGCGUGGGUCUGUUUAGGGAGGAAUUGGUGGCGUGCCUAGUGGAGACCUGCUUUCAGAUGUCAAGGUCAGGGGGGGCUGAGAGGGAAUGGGAGAGGGAGGCGCGUGUGAUUGGAGCUUUGUCCUCCGGAACCAGUCAUGAAGCCACGGAAUGGACGCACUCUGCACUCGACGUCGUCGAAGUCUGUCGACAGUGCAUCAAGUGGGACUGCCAGGGUCGCACGUAUGCAAUGGAUUGCUAUUUGCGUCUGCUAGUGCGACUGUGCCACUUGUAUGAUACAUCGUCAGGGAUAAAGAAGGAGAAGGAUGGUGCAAAGCCCGAGGAGGUGAUUGCGCAUCAGAAGCUUGUGGCAUUGCAAAUGCAGCUGCUGCAGGACCUUGGGAGUAUCUAUACACCGCGCAUGCGUGUACGAGUGAUCUGGGCACUGGCAGAACAUUUGGAUUUAGAUGGCCUCAGCCCUUUGAUGGUGGACGAUGCUGCAGAUCCCCUUGUGGGGCUUGUGGGCCAGAUUCAUCGUAUACUGUUCAACGUGGAUUCGACAGCAGCGUCGGCCUCCGAUCGACUUCAGGAUGUGCAAACACUGCUCUUGUGUGCGCUUCAUCUUGGGUCAAGGAGCGAAUCUGCUGCUGCUAUGCUCAGUGAGGAGAUCGAAGCCUUCAAAAACAGCAAUCUGGCAGACGUAGUGAAUAAGAAUCAUUGCAGGAUGAUUCUCAGCGUGUUCAACUAUGUACGUGAGCAUCCAGAUGCCAAGUGGACUGGUCGGGUGAUGUCUUCAGGUGAUUACCCGUUCAGUCAUCACAAGUUGCCUGUGCAGUUCGCUGACUUGGCGGCUGCGGUGGAUCGCAAGUUGGAAGCAGUUGUAAAGAAAGCGAUAGGCGAUGUGUGGAGGCCGGCGACUUUGGACCCUGCUGCUGCUGCCAUGAAAAUGGGAACAGAAGGGGGACCUGUAGCUUCCUUGCAGAUACCGCCUGCCAGAACACUCUCAGGCAGCAGCGACCCGUGCUAUCUUGAGGCGUACCAUCUUUCUGACAUCAGCGAACGAAGACUAACCCUGAACAUGAAGAUUCUUAACAUGACAGAGCAGGAGCUUGACAGAGUCGAUGUGCGUGUUGGACUGAUUGGAUCUCUCAGCUUUCUCGACUCUUCCCCACAGGCAGUGCGGCAGCUGAAGAAUCUGAUAUCGCAGGAUCCAACGCUGUUUGAUAUUACAGUCUGUGUCGCCAGAUUCGAGCGUUGCGCCCUUGCAGUGCAGCUCGUCUUCUACCCUGGCACCGCCACGGUAGCACCAGGUGAGCACAGGGAUGACAAUGGGUAUGGCGGGAUCGGCUCCAACCGGUUCUCGGGAACUGAAAAGUCGGAGCACAGUGACGCAGUGGUGUUGAGAUGUGCGCCUUACAGAGUACCCUUAACGGAAAUGCUCCUGCCGCAGAAAUCCUCAUCCGUGGAGUUUUUCAGGUUGUGGUCAAGUUUGCCGUUUUCCACAAUGCACGUUGGAGUCUACGAUCACGAUCCAAAUGAUCGUCUGGUGCUCAGUGGUGAAGAGAUUGGCGUGCCAAGGUUUCUGUCUGGACUUAAGGCCCUCGCUCGAAAACCCCUUUACAGAGUCUGCACACAUGUAAUCCAGACGAACAUGGGGUUCCAGGUCUGCUAUCUGUCAAAAACAUGGUUUGGGGACAUAUUGGCAAUGAUGAUCUUUGGGACAAAUGAGCUGACAGGAGACCUUGGCUUCAAACAAGACAACACGACCAUGAUCUGCAGAUUUGUGCUUAGGUCGACGUCUGCAAGUGUUUUGAGGGAGAUAGAUGCGGAAGUGCAAGAAUGGCUCGAUGAUCUGACAGAUGGAAAGUUGCGUGCAGCUGCGGAGGAGGACAUAAACAAGGAGGUUGAAGAGAAGCUCAAGCACGAGGAGAAGCUGACAGCUGUGCGGGAAGAAAUCAUUGCUUCAUCUGGGGCAUUGAAACCCUCGGCCGCCCCCAGCGAGGAUUCCCUUUUGCCGGGACUGCUUCCCGUGGAAACACCUACUCCUAAAGAUGCAUCCGGCGCCGAAAGUGAAGAGUUGAAAGCCCUGCAGAUGGCUGUUAUUCUGGAAUGGGAGACACUGCGAUCAGUUCAUGCAUUGAGCUGAACAAGGCCGCCUGGUGACGGAUGUUAGAGUGAAUAAGCUGAUGGGGGCGCUCUGCCCAAUUGUCUUGCGAUGAAGCAGGUUAAGAAUGGGGUGUGCAGCAGGAUUGGGUACAUGGAAAGGUAGGUGGAGCAAAAAGGAGUUUUGAGCAGCGCAUCUGCUGACGAGGUGCACAGAGAGGUUACCUAAGGACUGCCAAGCGGACUUCUGCUGUGUAAAGUGUGGGAGGGGGCAGCAGGAUUGGGUACACGGAGAGGUAGGCAGAGCCAAAAAUAAUUUUGAGCAGCGCAUUUGCUUAUGGAGUGCGCAGCGAGGUUGCCUAAGGGCUUCCCAGCAGGUUUCUGCCGUCUAAAGCGUGGGAGGGGUGUGUGUCACGUCCUGGGUAACUCGUGCAAUGUUAGUUCAUCCAUCAACCAGGGCUCCUACCGUGUGGAGACCCCAGUUUGGGAAAGUUUAAUGUAACAAGCUCAGGAUGCUUCGAUGCAAUAAGCCAAGCGAGAACUCAUACGAGGCCAAGCAUUAGCAUUAAAAGCCUUAAACGGUAAGUAUGACCUCUGGCAUUAGAAGCUCAGGAUGCUUUGACGCGGCACGUCCGGUGCCCUUAUCUCGGCUAGAAAGUGGAAAUGCUGGGAAGUAUUGUGGAUUCUUUUUAUUCUAUCGACUAGGGAGCUAGCUACAGGUUUGUAUCUAUGUGAAGUUUCCUUUUACGUAUUCUUUGGUUGUGCAUGCAUCUGCAAAACCAUUUAUCAUGAAGAAAUAAGCCAAGUUUUUUCUCCUUCCCCCCCCUUCCUGGUUCUCGUACAUGGUCAAAUGCGAAAUUCAUUCGGCUGUUGUGCAUGUCCGAACAGUGCGUUUGUGCCUCCCUUUUUGUUUUCCCUCUUCUAUCUCUGGGGAGAGUGGAGACCACUGGCAACUUUCAGGAACUCGGUACCUGCUUGAUGACAUACAGACCGACACACACAGGUGUGCAUGUGCAAGUGCUCACUCACAUAUGUACACACAUGCACAAACAAACACAUGCCAAUUGC